AAGCAUCAGCAAUAGUAUACCUAGCAGAGUUUCAGUGUGUCAGUUCUCAGUGCUGUUUCACCGUUUUAAUUUCAUUAGUGUAGUAUUUGUUACAUUUGAGUAUAAAAGUCCUUAAUCAAGUGUAAAAAACGUGGAACCUCAUGAAGAUUUUAGCGUUGCUCGUGAGUUGUGCUUUGCUAGCCUCACGAUUAACUGGAGCUUCUCCAAUAGCAGCAGACGAUGAAACGCCAGAUAUUUCAUCUGUUCCUACUACUGAAGUGCCGGCAACAAUUUCUGUCGACACUACCACUAAAAUAACUGAAAUAAAUUCUACCGAAUGUACUACUGAUGUUCCUGUAACAAGUCCUGCCGAAACUACUUCUGAAGUGCCUGUAACAAGUCCUGCCGAAACUACUUCUGAAGUGCCUGUAACAAGUCCUGCCGAAACUACUUCUGAAGUGCCUGUAACAAGUCCUGCCGAAACUACUUCUGAAGUGCCUGUAACAAGUCCUGCCGAAACUACUUCUGAAGUGCCUGUAACAAGUCCUGCCGAAACUACUUCUGAAGUGCCUGUAACAAGUCCUGCCGAAACUACUUCUGAAGUGCCUGUAACAAGUCCUGCCGAAACUACUUCUGAAGUGCCUGUAACAAGUCCUGCCGAAACUACUUCUGAAGUGCCUGUAACAAGUCCUGCCGAAACUACUUCUGAAGUGCCUGUAACAAGUCCUGCCGAAACUACUUCUGAAGUGCCUGUAACAAGUCCUGCCGAAACUACUUCUGAAGUGCCUGUAACAAGUCCUGCCGAAACUACUUCUGAAGUGCCUGUAACAAGUCCUGCCGAAACUACUUCUGAAGUGCCUGUAACAAGUCCUGCCGAAACUACUUCUGAAGUGCCUGUAACAAGUCCUGCCGAAACUACUUCUGAAGUGCCUGUAACAAGUCCUGCCGAAACUACUUCUGAAGUGCCUGUAACAAGUCCUGCCGAAACUACUUCUGAAGUGCCUGUAACAAGUCCUGCCGAAACUACUUCUGAAGUGCCUGUAACAAGUCCUGCCGAAACUACUUCUGAAGUGCCUGUAACAAGUCCUGCCGAAACUACUUCUGAAGUGCCUGUAACAAGUCCUGCCGAAACUACUUCUGAAGUGCCUGUAACAAGUCCUGCCGAAACUACUUCUGAAGUGCCUGUAACAAGUCCUGCCGAAACUACUUCUGAAGUGCCUGUAACAAGUCCUGCCGAAACUACUUCUGAAGUGCCUGUAACAAGUCCUGCCGAAACUACUUCUGAAGUGCCUGUAACAAGUCCUGCCGAAACUACUUCUGAAGUGCCUGUAACAAGUCCUGCCGAAACUACUUCUGAAGUACCUGUUACAGUUUUUUCCGAGACUACCACAAAAAUACCCGUAGUAGUUACUGACGAGACUGGAAAAGAAACAAUUUUAACAACACCUAUUUCAAUUUUUGAUUUUCUCGAGACAGUAAUAAAUAAAACCGAGGAAACAACAUCAACUCCACGCGCUGAAGUCCUCGUUAACCUAAAGGAGGUGCAGACUGAAGAAGAAGUUGUCGUUAGUACGCCACCGUCGUCUGAUCAAACCGAUAUUGUGAUUACCGCUACCAAAGCAGAUGAUACCAAUGUAAAUGUGUCGUCUAAUAUGGUCAAAGAAAAAUUAAGUGAACAAAUUCGAAAAGUCCUGUUACAUUACCAAAGACCUGAUCCGAUUGGAUUUCCUGGAGCACCAAUACCGGAAUCACUUUCCAUACCACCGAUGAGGAAGAACUUUGGAAUGGCCGAUAUGACGUUUACUAAUAUGACAAUACACGGAUUAUCCAAAUUUACAGUAGAACGAGUUAAUACAGAUCUAGAUAAUAUGCAGGUGUACGUACUUUUAAAAAUUCGAAGACUGUAUAUUUUGGGCAAUUACACAAUGAAAACAUGGUUCAGUCGACCAGCAGCUGGACCAUUCAAUGUGACGUUGAUUGAUGUAGACGCUGAAGCAGCAGCCGCACUUGAACCCGAUGCUGAUGGUUACCUGCAAACCAAUGAAACAGAAAUGGAUAUGCAGUUUGCUGAUUGUAACUUGGACUUUAAGAACUUAGGCUUUAUGGCAUCCGUAUUUCAAGGUAUGAUUAGUACAGUUGGUUCAGUGUUAUUUGACGGUAUAAAACCAUUCAUUAUCAACGAAGUGAACACAAACAUGAGAGCUGACAUCAACAAUCAAAUCAAAACUAUAACCAGUAAAUUGCCUAAAAUGAAAAUGCCGGUCACGGAUAUGGCUGUGAUCGAAGGUCGCAAAUAUGUGAUGCGAAUGGGCUACGACCCGUACCGGUUGACGGAUCGUAAAAUCAAAGAAGGUCCGUUUUCAUUUACCAUAAGCAAUCUUACAGUUUAUGGACUGUCCAAAUUCCGAAGAGUUGGUGAAAUUGGCGUGAGUCUUCGUGGUCACGUGUUACAGUUGACGGCACAUGUUAUCACGAGUAAAAUACAUGGGUCUUUAAAUUGGGCAUACGAGCUAGUCCUAACAAAGAACUUUAAUCGGACGGGUAUGACCAACUUUACCAUAGAUCAUUUACAGGUCCGAGCUGUAGUAAAUCAAUCGUUGGACAUCCGCGAGAAGCCGAUACUGCACAAACUUGACAUUGAGGUUGGAAAUAUAAACAUCUUAAUGGACCGACAGGUACCAUUAGAUUAUGUGGUUGAAAUAGCUGUCAACUCGUUACCGCCGUUGUUAAGACACAUCAUCGUUGACGCAUUGGAAGAACCUAUAAAGAUAAAAGUUCAGACCUUACUUAAUGACAUUAGAGUAGACCAAAUGGUCGAAGAACGGUUACCCGAGUUAGACAACUUAACAAAUAAUGAACAGCAAACACAGCAACAACAACAGCAGCGGAAAUGAUAUUUACCUAUAAAAAUUUCAACAUCGGAGUUGUAUAAAAAAGGUUUAAUCGUUGAGUUCAUACAGUGAGACUAAUUUUAAUUGUUUUUCUCACUAAGAAUAUUAUUUCUUAAUUAUUGCUAUUUAUUUAUUUUUUUGUUAAUUUUAUUUGAAUUUUAUAAUACGUAUUUUUACAAUCAAUUAUACCUUGAAGAGCAUUUUUUUAUAGUACAUUAUUUUUAUUCUAAUG